AUGGACUCAUGGGACCACCGUCCGUCUUUAAAUGAACUACAGGACAAAAUUCGUUGUUUGACAGAUGAAAAUGUAAGUAAUCUACUUUGACAAUCCUUUUAAACUGGCCUAUUUUGGUCAAACUUUAAACAUGAACCUUCCAGGUUACCUUGUAGUUGCAUCAAGCUUUAAUAUCUUCAGUAGGCCUAUGGUUUGUAUAUCUGAAAAAUGUAUAAAACAAAUUCUUCAUUGUUUAAAAAAAAUAUAUAUAUAUACCAACCAAUGUAGGUCCAGCUCCGUGACAAAAAUGAAAGCCUCUUUACCAAACUGGGCUACCUUGAGAGCAGGUUGGGCUAUCUUGCAGGCUCCAAGACUGACCUAUCUUCCAAACUGGUCUCAAGUGAAGAGGAAAAACUGAAGGUAGGAUACAUGAGACUACAUUGUGUUUGGACAUCUAUCAAUCACUUAUGUAUGAUGUAGACCUCUUGUCUUUUUGUUAACUGGAAUAUUUAUCCUUUUAUAUCCCUUUAUCCCUCAGAUAUCCAAGGAGCUUGUCGAGGUACAUAUACAGACCAACAAAGUGAGGGAGCAGUAUGAAAAGGACAUUUUUGACCUGAAAAUAAAGGUGAUGCUCAAAUUAAUAUGUAGUACAUAGUCAUUACAGACCUCUGGACCCUACUUUACCCACCUGGGCCCUACAUAGGCAUUACUCACCUUAAUAGAAAUGAUCCCAUCCCUGAUGCACAGAUAGUACUCUAGUAUCUCACCCUUCCCUCCUCAGAUCCUAUCCCAGGAAGGGGUGGUGGUGGAGAUGGAGAUGGAGAGGGACAGGCUCUCCAUGGAGCUCCAGUCUGUCACCACCCGCCUACAGGUGGCCGAGAGGACAGGAAGUGACCUCACAGAGGAAUACGUGACCCUGAAGAGGAACUACCUGGCUCUGACCGAGGCCCACGAAAGGGAGGUGGUCCAGAAUGACGAGCUGAGCGCUGAGCUGCUUGGGCUGGCCCAGGCUCGUGAUGCCCUCUUCAGGCAGGACGGAGGAACAGCAGCAGCGUGUUAGGGCCUCUACAGAGGGUUGUGUCAAUGGACAGACUGCUCAGGAGCUGGACAGGGUGCGGGCGCUGGUCAGCCGUAUGUCUCACAAUAGAAUAAUGGUGAGAGGGAGAUUUGGUUAAUUGCCACAAUGACAAUUACCACUCACUUUUCACAUUUCUUUAUUCUGUCAUUUGACAGAAAUCUGUCAAAAUACAUUUCCUGUAAGGCACAAAAAAAUUAUAUAAUACCUUCUGGUCCUACCAAUGUGGCUAUAUAACUUCAUCAUUGCUCAAAUUUGUUCUUCUCUUAUCACAGCCAGAGGACCUGGCUAUGUUGGAUCAAGAACGUAAAUCUAUGGAGAAGAGUGUGAGUAUAUAUCUGAAUACAACAAGUCAUGUAUGAAUGUCAGUAAUACUUUGAACCUAAUAGCUAUGGAACUCAGUGCAAGUGAGGCAUUAUGUAAGAGAAAACUGAAUAGUGCCUAACAGUUUCACAUCUGAUCAGUGAUCAGUUUAUCAUAAAUAGUCAACAGAGCCAUAAUAUACAGUGGGGGAAAAAAAGUAUUUAGUCAGCCACCAAUUGUGCAAGUUCUCCCACUUAAAAAGAUGAGAGAGGCCUGUAAUUUUCAUCAUAGGUACACGUCAACUAUGACAGACAAAUUGAGGGGAAAAAAAUCCAGAAAAUCACAUUGUAGGAUUUUUAAUGAAUUUAUUUGCAAAUUAUGGUGGAAAAUAAGUAUUUGGUCAAUAACAAAAGUUUCUCAAUACUUUGUUAUAUACCCUUUGUUGGCAAUGACACAGGUCAAACGUUUUCUGUAAGUCUUCACAAGGUUUUCACACACUGUUGCUGGUAUUUUGGCCCAUUCCUCCAUGCAGAUCUCCUCUAGAGCAGUGAUGUUUUGGGGCUGUCGCUGGGCAAAACGGACUUUCAACUCCCUCCAAAGAUUUUCUAUGGGGUUGAGAUCUGGAGACUGGCUAGGCCACUCCAGGACCUUGAAAUACUUCUUACGAAGCCACUCCUUCGUUGCCCGGGCGGUGUGUUUGGGAUCAUUGUCAUGCUGAAAGACCCAGCCACGUUUCAUCUUCAAUGCCCUUGCUGAUGGAAGGAGGUUUUCACUCAAAAUCUCACGAUACAUGGCCCCAUUCAUUCUUUCCUUUACACGGAUCAGCCGUUCUGGUCCCUUUGCAGAAAAACAGCCCCAAAGCAUGAUGUUUCCACCCCCAUGCUUCACAGUAGGUAUGGUGUUCUUUGGAUGCAACUCAGCAUUCUUUGUCCUCCAAACACGACGAGUUGAGUUUUUAACAAAAAGUUCUAUUUUGGUUUCAUCUGACCAUAUGACAUUCUCCCAAUCCUCUUCUGGAUCAUCCAAAUGCACUCUAGCAAACUUCAGACGGGCCUGGACAUGUACUGGCUUAAGCAGGGGGACACAUCUGGCACUGCAGGAUUUGAGUCCCUGGCGGCGUAGUGUGUUACUGAUGGUAGGCUUUGUUACUUUGGUCCCAGCUCUCUGCAGGUCAUUCAUUAGGUCCCCCCGUGUGGUUCUGGGAUUUUUGCUCACCGUUCUUGUGAUCAUUUUGACCCCACGGGGUGAGAUCUUGCGUGGAGCCCCAGAUCGAGGGAGAUUAUCAGUGGUCUUGUAUGUCUUCCAUUUCCUAAUAAUUGCUCCCACAGUUGAUUUCUUCAAACCAAGCUGCUUACCUAUUGCAGAUUCAGUCUUCCCAGCCUGGUGCAGGUCUACAAUUUUGUUUCUGGUGUCCUUUGACAGCUCUUUGGUCUUGGCCAUAGUGGAGUUUGGAGUGUGACUGUUUGAGGUUGUGGACAGGUGUCUUUUAUACUGAUAACAAGUUCAAACAGGUGCCAUUAAUACAGGUAACGAGUGGAGGACAGAGGAGCCUCUUAAAGAAGAAGUUACAGGUCUGUGAGAGCCAGAAAUCUUGCUUGUUUGUAGGUGACCAAAUGCUUAUUUUCCACCAUAAUUUGCAAAUAAAUUCAUUAAAAAUCCUACAAUGUGAUUGUCUGGAAUUUUUUUUCUCAAUUUGUCUGUCAUAGUUGACGUGUACCUAUGAUGAAAAUUACAGGCCUCUCUCAUCUUUUUAAGUGGGAGAACUUGCACAAUUGGUGGCUGACUAAAUACUUUUUUUCCCCACUGUAUAAAGAGUACGGCCAGGUUUAAAAACGGCUGCCAUAUUAGCUCCUUUAUUCUCUAAAUGUUGACGUAACAAUACGAAAGCGCCUAUGACAAUUCCCUAUGAAAUGACCAGCUGUAAACAAGCAAAACAGCAGCGAAUUUAUCAGACAUUUUUAUUGAUUAGCAUUCGGAAUAAUGUGUAUCCAAGUCUGUACUGUGUUGUGGUGUCAACAAAUCUGGCUUCACUAGACAUCUUCAUAGGUUUAGAAAACUAUCAAAACUAAACAGCACAACACGGAAGUGUGAAUUAUCACUUAGCAACAGCUAUGGAGGAGAAAGUGGCACUCCCGGAACGUUCAGACAGAAACCGCAUUGGCCCAACUCUCUCUCUCUCUCUCUCUCUCUCUCGCUCUCUCUCUCUCUCUCUCUCUCAUUUAUAUUUAUAUAUAUAUAUAAUAACUCUGAUAGUCAGUCAAUAUUCACAUCCCUUUUCUCAAUGUUCUUCCCUAGUCUUCUUCGGGCUCGCGUCGUCGCGCUCGCGUCUCCCGCGAAAGUCCUCCUGAUCGAUCUCUUUUCAGUAGAUUAAUAUAUAUAUAUUAAUAUAUAUAUAUAUAUAUAGAUACUAUAUCAUAUAUAUAUAUAUAUAUAAUGAACCUGAUUAGUCCAGGUCAAUAGCAUAUUCACAUCCCUUUUCUCAAUGUUUGACAUAGCUGCUUGGGAACCAGGAUGUGAUCAAAGACAUGCUGGAGCAGAUGAAGAAGAGCUAUGAAGAGCAGCAGCACAGACUGGAGGAGAAAGUGUGAGUAGAGAGACACACUAGUCUAGUAUGAAACAUUUAUGCACUCACUAACUGUAAGUCACUCUGGAUAAGAGCGUCUGCUAAAUGACUAAAAUGUUAAAUGUAGUCUCACAUGUCUUUACAUCAAAACCCUGGACCCGCAAUAGCCUCUCUGGCUGCUAUAAACAGUAGUGAUUGAGGAAACAAGGCAUCUUGUCAUUAUCCUUCACUUUCAGUCAUCAACUGGUCUAACUUGUCUCAGGCUGUUCACGUUAGCCACUGUAGCCUGUGUCUGCUUUGUGAUCUUCUCUUUGAUUUGGUUUCUGUUUUACUGUGGUCCACGCUACAAUUUUGGGAUUCUUUUUUGUGAUGUGGUCUUGUCUGGUAUGUGGUCUCUGACAUGUUUUUACUUCUCCUGUGAUGGGUCUUCAGGGUGGCGAUGGGCAAGGAGCAACAAGAGACCAAGAGAGCCAUCCGCAAUACCCAGCAGAAACUAGCCGAACAGAGUGCGGUAAGAAAGAGAGCUUCACCGGUGUCCGGUCUACCAAAUUAUCGUUUUAUACCAUAAUUGUCUUCAAUCAAUCAAUCUGAAUCUGCAACUUGAUGGUCUGUAAAAAUGUGAGUUGAUUUGGUGUGUGUGUGUGUUCCUAUUCAGGCCAUGUUGAGCUCUCAGUGCCAGCUGAAGGAGGUGGAGGAAGAGAACUCUAAGCUACAGAUGCAGGUGAAGGAACUGAAUGAGGAGUACCGUGCCAGACUGGUGCGCUACCUACAGGACCUAGCUGUGAGUACACACUAAGACAGAUGCAUGCACACACGUAAACUACACAUACAUUAUGCACAGUCAAACAGAUGCAGGGAUUGGCAGCCUAGACAUAUACAGACAGAAAGACCCCCAUUUUCCUACCCCACGUCCUUCCUGACCCACUACCACUAGCCCCCAACCUCCAUCACACCACAGUCAUCAAAGUGAACCCACACCACCCAUGCUGUGGAAUCUAUUUUGGUCUGUGCCUCUUGUCUCCAGGAGUAUGUGGAUGGUCUGGUGGAGGGGAAGGGGGUGAAGGGCCCCCCAGAGAGGGUGAAGAUGAGGGGCUUUGUGGACAGCAUGCUCCAAGAGGUGCGCUCCUCCUACAGGGCCAGAGAGGAGCAGCUAGCCUCUGCCGCACGCUCCUACAAGAAGAGACUGCAGAGGCUCACUAAGAUCCACCAAGCCCUGCUUAUCGCAUACAGGUUAGCCCCUCUCAUGCCCUCCAUGUUGUAUUUCUGUGAUUUACUCAUUAAUGUGGAUAGCACAUGGAUGGUCCUGUCAUCCUUGGUUAGGUUUGUGUGUGUGAUUAGGAAACUUGACCCCCAACCCAUCUCUCCGUAGUCUUUCUUUAUUGGCCGAGGCUGGGUGACCGGAUCUAACCACCCUGUUCCACUCCCGUCCCGCCCCCAGAACGCCUCUUCCCCAGAGCUAAACAACCCCAUCAUGCAUGUGUUUCUUUACGCACACAUUUCUAAACAGCUGAAAUAAAAACCCUGCUGCGAUUUGAACGAGCAUUCCCCCGCCCAAAAAAUUAAAAUUUUUGUGUGUGUAGCUACAACCUUCUCUGUCUGUUUGAUUUAUUUGAUUUGAUUUAUUAGGAUCUCCAUUAGCGGACGCCAAUAGCGACAGCUAGUCUUACUGGGGUCCGACACAUAACGAAAAAGACAUUACAGACAAAAUACUUUACAAUUUACAUACAUUUUAACAUGUAGUGUGUGUGUGCAUCUAUCAGUUACACAUACGUCAGUACAGUACAAGCUGAUAGGUCUGCUGUUAGAAUCAGUAAAGGCCGCUUUACAACUCUUGGGUAGCAGAAUGACUUUGGCUUCCCUCCAGGCCUGAGGACAAAGACUUUCCUCUAGGCUCAGAUUAAAGAUAUGACAGAUAGGACUGGCUAUAGAGUCAGCUACCAUCCUCAGUAGCUUUCCAUCUAAGUUGUCAAUGCCAGGAGGUUUGUCAUUAUUGAUCAAUAACAAUAAUUUUUCCACCUCUCCCACACUAACUUUACAAAAUUCAAACAUACAAUGCUUUUCUUUCAUUAUUUGUUUUUUUAUGAAUGAGUAAGAUGGCCCACUGUUUGUUGUUGGCAUUUCCUGCCUAAGCUUGCCCACUUUGCCAAUGAAGUAAUCAUUAAAAUAAUUGGCAACAUCAAAUGGUUUUGUGAUGAAUAAGCCAUCUGAUUCGAUGAAAGAUGGAGUUGAAUUUGACUUUCUGCCAUUAAUUUCAUUUAAAGUACUCCAGCAUUUUUUUCCCAUCAUUCUUUAAAUUGUUGAUCUUGGCUUCAUAAUACAUUUUCUUCUUCUUUUUGUUGAGUUUAGUCACAUCAUCUCUCAAUUUGUAGUAAGUCAGCCAGUCAGAUGUGCAGCCAGACUUAUUAGCCACUCCUUUUGCCCCAUCUCUUUCAACCAUACAGUUUUUAAAAUUCUAAUCAAUCCAUGGAUCCUUAAGUUCUAACAGUCAGUUUCUUAACAGCAGUGAUGUAAAGUACUUAUGUAAAAAUACUUGAAAGUACUACUUAAGUCGUUUUCUGGAGUAUCUGUACUCUACUUUACUAUUUAUAUUUUUGACAACUAUACUUUUACUUCACUACAUUCCUAAAGAAAAUUAUGUACUUUUUACUCCAUACAUUUUCCCUGACACCCAAAAGUACUUGUUACAUUUUGAAUGCUUAGCAGGACAGGAAAAUUGUCUAAUUCACACACUUAUCAAGAGAACAUCCCUGGUCAUCCCUACUGCCUCUGAUCUGGCGGACUCACUAAACACAUGCUUCAUUUGUAAUUAUGUCUGAGGUUGGAGUGUGCCCCUGGCUAGACAUAAAUUAAAAAAACAAGAAAAUGGUGCCGUCUGGUUUGCUUAAUAUAAGGAAUUUGAAAUGAUUUAUACUUUUACUUUUACUUUCGAUACUUAAGUAUACUUUAGCAAUUACAUUUACUUUUGAUACUUAAGUAUAUUUAAAACCAAAUACUUUUAGACUUUUACUCAAGUAGGAUUUUACUGGGUGACUUUCACUUUUACUUGAGUCAUUUUCUAUUAAGGUAUCUUUACUUUUAAGUAGGACAAUUUGGUACUUUUUCCACCACUGCUUAACAGGUGCAUGUUUAUCAGUAAUUGGAAGAAGCAAUUUCAUAAAUUCAUCAAGUGCAACGUCUGGAUGCUCCUUAUUAAUCACAUCAGACCAACAAAUAUUUUAACAUCCUCCACUUAAGAGUCACAGCAAAAUCAUUUGUAUGAUCUCUUAUUCACUAUUUUAGGCCAAGCUUUUGGAACUUUGGCUUUCCUGGAUAUAGCCACUAUAUUGUGAUCCAUGCAUCCAAUGGGUACGGAUACAGCUUUAGAACAAAGUACUACAGUAUUAGUAAAAAUGUGAUCAAUACAUUUUUAUGAUCUUGUUCCUGUAGUGUACAUUAUGUAAACACCCUGGUAAAUUGAUUAAUAACCUGAACCAGAUUACAGGCACUGGUUACAGUGAGAAGCUUCCUCUUGAGCGGACAGCUUGAUGAAAACCAGUCAAUAUUCAGGUCCCCAAGAAAGUAGACAUCUCUGUUUACAUCACAUACACUAUCAAGCAUUUCACACAUUUUAUUUAGAUACUAACUGUUAGCACUUGGUGGCCUAUAGCAACACCCCAAUAGAAAAGGCUUUAGAUGUGCCAGUUGAACCUGCAACCACAACACUUCAAUAACACUUGACAUAAGAUCUUCUCUAAGCAUUACAGGAAUAUGGCUCUGAAUAUAUACAGCAACACCUCCCCCGUAAGCAUUCCUGUCUCUUCUAUAGAUGUUAUAUCCUUGUAUUGCUACUGCUGUAUCAUCAAAUUAAUUAUCUAAGUGAGUGGCUAAUAUAUUAAUGUUAUCUGAUGUUAGUAAGUUAUUGAUUUCAUGAACCUUAUCUCUAAGGCUACAUAUAUUCAUAUGGUCUAUUUUCAGCCCUUUCAUGGGUAGCUUAUCAGAGAUGGACAAAUAUGGAAAAGAGCAAACGAAGCAAGAGAAAAAUAUAAAUUCAGCAGACCAUGAAUAAGUUGGUGUGUGUGUGUGUGUGUGUGCUGUGGGGUUGAAGCUAUGAACCGAUAGGCUCUCAUCCAUCCCUUCCAGGCUUUUGGGAUGGAGGGUGGACAGUGAGCCUGUCAUAGCGGAUGUAAGCAAUGUCACCAUGCGCUCUGGCAGCUUUCAUGGCUGGGAUAAGUUAUUUCCUCUUCUGGCACACAGCUUCAGGAUAGUCCUUGUUGAGGAAGAUGUACGUUCCUCUCAAGUUCUUGGCUCUUUCCAGAACAGCUACCUUGUCCUUUAACCUCAGGAACUUGACUACUAUUGGCCUGGGCCUGUCACCUGGGCCGGUGGUGGGUUUUCCAGUCCUGUGGGUGCGCUCCACGUCAAUCUUCCUAUGGUCCAUCUUCAGUUUCUCCGAGAUAAUUUCCCUCACUUUGUCCUCAGACUCUGUUCAGGUCUCGUGGAGAUUCUGUAAUUUUGUCCACAACCAUGUUGUUCCGCCUUGAUUGUCCCUCGAGAUAAUCAGAUUUCUCCGUCAUUGUUAUCAUGAAUUCACAUACAGAACGGAUGUCCUCUCUCAAUGACUUACAGAUUGCUGUCAUCUUGCCGUUCUCCUGUUUAAACUCAUCGAGCUGACCCUGGGAGAACUGCAAACUGUUCUUCAGGUCCUGGACCUCUCUGGUCAGGUCGUCCGUUCUUUUAUUAGUUGACUCCACCAGUAUUUUGACACAACAUUUGAAGCUGUUGUCUUGUUGUUGUAGCAACUGCUUGUAACUCUUUUUGUUUGUUUAAAAGAUCCUUCACCUGUGAUAGAGAGACACCACUGUCCUCAAUGGUACUCCCGCCGGCUUUGGUCUUUGUCAUGGUAGCAACGUAGGUUACGCUGUUAUUCCUCGCAGUUCCAGACAGGGCAGGUCGCAGGAAAGAUUGGAAACAACAACAACAAAUAGCAGGGAUGUAGACAGCCACAAGCCCGGGACAAUCUGCUGUCCCAACCACAAUGGCUAACCGCGUCGUGGACUGCGUUCAAGCCCUCAAGAAAACCCAGCUAGCUUGAUAGGCAGCUAGCUAGCAGCUAGACUACCUGCUAUGCCAAGCAGCUCCUCAGACCCAGCCUUGGUCGGCAGGAUCACUGGACAGCUAGAUAGUAGCGGUCCCAGCAACUGAUGGCAACUGCGUCGCGGGAUGCAAACUCAAAAGGUAGCUAGCUAGUAACCAAACCUUUUCAAUAGACUUUCAAAACUUUCUCUCCCUCGUUCCGUGUUCAACAGAAUGCUUGUGGUCAGAGUGCAUGGGUAAAAUUGUGAGACAACACAUCCACCAGUGACAAUAAUAAAGCAUCAUCUUAACUAAGAAUAUUGCAGUAGCACAAACAUAAGCUGGAUGCAGACAUCAUUUUUUGCAAUAUCCUUAUCCUAAAUGUGAAACCAAACACAUUUAGCCUACAUGACAACAUCAUGUGUAACAUGUAGCCUAGCUCUGUCUACACAUUGCAUUGGGGCAAAAUAACUGUUCUUUCGCUUCUCAAUGAUCAUGCAACACCAAACAAUUUGAUAUACAGCACAUCAUUGCAAUUCGCUAGAGUAGCCUGUUCCACCUCUUGGCAGCCGAACUAGCUAAACAACCGUACCUUCUGCGCAUGUGCUAUCGGGAAGAGGCGUCCAGAGAAUCCGGUCAGAUAGCCACUCUGUUCUCUAUUGCCUUGUCUUUCCCCUGACUUUAUAUCUCCUCUAUCACUUUUUCACACUAUCACUCUUCAUAAACUGGUCCCACGUCCGCAAUCUAGAAACUCAUAGCCACCAAAUGACUAUGGCUUCACAAUACCAAACACCUUAAGACAGCACUCUUUCCUCUGUAUGUGUGUCAGGGUGCAGAGGGAACAGGUCCUGUCCCAGCCAGAGAAUGGCCUGGACCCCGGCCCCCCUGAGGCCCACUUCAGCCUGGAGCCCAGUGAGCUGAGGGGAGAGACGGACAGGGAGCUCCAGCUCCUACGCCAGGACAAGGCCAGGCUGGAGGGCCAGCUCCGAGAGGCUCAGGAGCAGGUAGUUAUACAGACAAGACUGAUUUUAGACUGAGUAUUCUAGACCGUGUUUAUUGUGUUUUGUGUGUGUUAUUCAGUGUUUUGUCUGCAUUUAUUUUUUGUUUAGUCUGUGUUUACUCUUUGUUUUGUCUGUGUUUUGUCACGUUCCUAAAUAUAGUCUGCAUGCUGCAUUUUAUGGGGGUUUUGUUGCUGUUUUGUUGUUGUUGUUGCUCAGUCAAAUUUAGAAAUUACUUGAUCAUUCAUUGAUUUGUACCUUUUUUUAGGUGGCUGUCGUCACUAGACCUAUUCAAACAGUCAACUUUCAGGAGUAAGUAAUAUCUUUCAAAAUGACAUAAAAUAAUAAUCAAAUGUAUGAUUGAAGUAGACCAUAAAUAAUGCUCUAAUCUUGUACAGUUUUGGAAAAUCAGGGCAGAUAUCUGAAGAGGCCUGGGCCGACAUUAGGAAAGAGUUACGGGAGAUCACAAACUCUACUCAAGUAAUAACAUACCCCUCUACUUACACAAAUCACAGAUAUGAGUCCACUGCUUAACCCUCCCAUAUUAACUUCUCUUUUAAGAAUCAAAUUGUUAUAACUGUAUAACAAAAUAAUCUGUUUCUAUGACAUGAGUUAAGUUGAAAUGGAAACAUUCCUGUUGUCCAAACAGGAGGGCCAUGAGAGGGAGCGUGCCCAGCUCAUCACCAGGGCUACAGUUGCCGAGGAGCAGGUGUUAGAGCUGCAGGAGUAUGUUGACAAGCACCUGGGCAGGUAACAACACCACUAUUGUCAUGUUUUUGGAUCUGUCUAGUUACUAAUAGGACAUAGCAAACUCAUAGAGACAUGAUGUCUGUAUUGUCUAUUCCAUUUUGAUACUCAGAUCUCAUAAAUGUACCUGACAUUUUCUCCCAUAGCUACUGAGUUCAUUAAGUGCACUACUCAACAGAGUGGCAGGGUACUGAUAUCUGGAUUUAAGGAUAGAUUACUACAGUCUGAGUAAAAGGGUGUUUUAGAUGAGCGUUGUCCCUCUCUACAGGUACAAGCAGGAGAUCACGCGGCUACGUAGACUGCUGGGUCUGGAGACGGGACUUGCCCACAGCGCUGAGGCUCCCAAACCCCGUCAAUCCGUCUCUCCAUCAGGAAUCCAUGCUAUGAAAUAUAAUCUUCCACCCCCCUAA